GCGCAGACAACAGUCGCACGCGGUAUACGAUUAUAGUGUUCAGGACACUGCAUCGUCGCGAUUUAUACUCCGUGCACUAAUGUUAUGUUUAGUUGAUUAUAAAUAAACACUUUGUAACGAAUAUACAACUAAAGUUUCAAAAUGGUAACAAUGCUGACAAACUCUAAAUUAUUGUGGGGUUUGUGGCAAAUGGUGAGCUACUGUUCUUCGCGUACAACACUGCUAUUGCUGCUGACCCUUGGCGCUAUGUUUUUGGCAAAGCAGCUGAUUAACUUCGUUCGUGAAAUCCGUAAAUUGCCGCCUGGGCCAUGGAGUCCACCCGUCGUUGGUUAUCUGCCUUUCCUCGGAGUUCGUCACAAAACAUUUUUGGAGCUUGCUAGAAACUAUGGUGCCGUAUUCUCCGCCCGUCUUGGAAACCAGCUAACGAUUGUGAUGAGUGACUAUAAGUUAAUCAGAGAAGCGUUUCGCCGGGAAGAGUUCACGGGUCGUCCUAGCACUCCAUUGAUGCACAUUUUGAAUGGACUGGGUAUCAUCAAUAGUGAGGGUCGUCUUUGGAAAAGCCAACGUCGAUUCUUGCAUGAAAAAUUACGUGAAUUUGGCAUGACUUACAUGGGCAAUGGCAAAAAAAUAAUGGAAGGCCGUAUCAAGAAUGAAGUUCAUGAUCUGAUUGCGAACCUGCAAAGAACGGGAGGCAAGUCGAUAGAUCCAAACCCGCUACUGGCUCUGGGCGUAUCAAAUGUAAUCUGCGGUAUCACUAUGUCUGUUCGCUUCAGUCACGGCGACACACGAUUUACAAGACUUAAUCAUUUAAUUGAUGAAGGCAUGAGGUUAUUUGGAGAAAUUCACUACGGAGAAUAUAUACCACUUUAUAAUUAUCUGCCUGGAAAAGCAUUAAUUCAAGAAAAGGUAGCACAAAAUCGAGAAGAAAUGUUUGAUUUUUACCAAAAACUGAUUGAUGAACAUCGCAAUACUCUUGAUGCGAAUAAUGUCAGAGAUCUAAUUGACGUUUAUUUGAUCGAAAUUGAAAAAGCAAAACUUGAAGGAAAAGAAGGAGACUUAUUUGAAGGAAGAGAUCAUGAAUUACAACUUAAGCAAAUUCUUGGAGAUUUGUUUUCUGCUGGUAUGGAAACAAUUAAAUCAUCUUUGUUGUGGAUGAUUGUCUUCAUGCUACGAAACCCUGAUGUUAAGAGGCGUGUUCAAGAAGAAAUAGAUACUGUCAUCGGUCGUGAACGACUGCCUACAAUUGAAGAUAUGCCAAAUCUUCCUUACACAGAAACUACAAUACUUGAAACAUUGCGCAUGUCCAGUAUUGUCCCCUUAGCAACUACACAUUCACCUACGAAAGAUGUGAAUCUUAAUGGCUACAGAAUUCCGGCGGGUUCACAAGUCGUGCCACUCAUUAAUUGUGUGCACAUGGACCCAAAUUUAUGGGAUGAACCUAACACAUUCAACCCAAGUAGAUUUAUAGACGAGAGUGGAAAAAUUAAACGCCCAGAAUAUUUCAUGCCUUUUGGAGUUGGACGACGCAUGUGCCUUGGUGACGUUUUAGCUCGAAUGGAACUAUUCAUGUUCUUUGCGAGUAUGAUGCAUCAAUUCGAUUUACAAAUAGAGCCGGACGCAGCACCACCCUCUCUUGAAGGCACCGUUGGUGCCACAAUCUCACCGCAAAAAUUUGAUGUUAUGUUUGUACCACGCGCCCCACCCGUUCCGCCUGCAGUGGUCCUGCACGAUCACCUGCACUUGCGCCAUGUCGGCGCGCACUAAGCGCAUCAGUCACAUUACCACAACAUACCCACCAGUAUUCCAUGAUCACUCGUUUUAGAGCGCAUCGAUAACAAAUUAAUUUAGUUAUUAGUAAUUAACGACAUUGCUAAGGUAAAUGUCGAGGCUGUGCAUAAAGUGUUCAAUAAAAUAUUAAAGCGAACUUUAUUUUAGGUAUACUGAAAUUCCCAUCGUUGAGAUUGUCGAUUAUAUAAUUUCAGUAUUAUGUGUUGAUUAUCGAUCUAUGAGAUCGGUGUGACUUGUAUGGAUCUAAUUAAAGAGUUUCGUAUAGAAAUGUAGUUAGUUCACUUACAUUUAAGCUCUAGUUUCCUAUACCAAAAUAAAUAUACAUUGUAAAACGUUAUUUAUUCGUAGGUACUACUUGUUAGUGUAGCUUGUUGUGUGAGAUCUCAUGUGAGAGUUAGUAGUAUUUGUUUAAGGUUUGUAAGUGUUCAUUUUAUAUUUGUAGCUAAAUACGUACCUAUCAUGAGUAAUAUACUAAGUAACAUUCCAUGGUAGCGUAAAAACCAGCAACUAGUCUAAGAGCGGUAACAUUUGUCGCUAUAAGUAUAUCAUUACAUUACAUAACUUAACAAUAUUUAAAAUAAUGUUUUAUCUUACAUAUUCUUAACGACAUUGUGUGCAACCAAGUUGCUUUUUAAAACAAAACGAUGAAUGUACAUCUUUAACUCGCUUUGUAAAUGCUGCUUCAUGAAAAUAGAUUAUAAAAUUGUAUUUUAAAAUAAA